UUCCACCCGUCUCUUCCAUCCCUCCGUCCCCGGCCGAGGGUCGGGCACAGGCGCGGCCGCGGCGGUGGGGCUGCCCGGGACACUGUUCUCAGAGCCCGCAGAAGGUUCCUGCGGCACCCCCGGGGUGUGGAUGUGGUGGUUGGAAUAUCGCCUGGGCCCAGUAGUGGUUCUCCGGCGGUGGCUUCAGUGUGGAAGCUGCUCAGUAAUUUAUAAUAAUAGUAAUAAUAAUAAAUGCAAUUAAUUUGAAUUGGCGGGCGCAGAAACCUCAGAGCGUUUCACAGCAGCUGGUUAAAGCGUGUAUUAGUCAGGCACACCACACCUGGGGGUGGGGUGUUACCUGGGCCAGAAGCACCGGUUUAGAGUUGUGGAAUCGUUCAGGUGGGAAAAGGCUUUUAAGGUCAUCGAGGACAACCGUGUUUGUUAAACUCAUCAAUCGUUGCUUCCUCUUUAUCUUUCUUUCCAGGCUCCUUCCGUGACCUUGUCUGUAAAUCUGGUCUUGCAAGUGCAGUGUUUUUGGUGAGAGUGAGCUCUGCUAAAUAGAACUGCUGUGUGACAGCUUGGCAGGGGAGGCCACAAUUACCUGUGUGAAGGCUUUCUCUAGAAAUAGCAGGUGUUUUGCCUCUGUGAGGUGUAAAUCAUGGAAGAAGGGAGUGUUUUGGAAGCAUUGCGGAAAUCUAGGAAUGAAACUGGCAAAAGUGGUAGCUACUAGAGUAGGUAGUGUUCUUAAUUUCUGCAUGGCAGCACAGAAGUUUCGAAGAGUUAAAGUUGGUAAUAAAUCACUGAAAAACAAUUUCCUUCUUUUUCUCCCUUAAUUUUCCUUUUAGUGACAUUCCAAGGUUUUGUUGGUCUGUAGAAUUUUGGUUGUCUUAUGCUUACCUCUGUGGACCUGGGUUAAUCUUUCUGUUUUGUGCUCUGUAACUUUGUAUUUUCCUCUCAGUAGUCAUGUAAGAAUAAUUCCAUCAUGAUUCAGUUGCAAAAGAAAUCACUGCAUUCCUGAACUCUUUCUUAAAAUCCCUAAGUCAGCAGUACUGAACUCCUUUAUAAUUUUUAUAAUUCCUGCUUAAAAUAUUUUAAGCCUAAUUCUCAUUUGUAGUAUCUUCACAGUGCAUAGCUGUAAUUACAUCCUGAAUCUUAAAGGGAAUGUAAAUCUGGCCUUAAGAUGAGCUUUGUGUCAAUGUAAAGGAACAUCCAGCCCUGUGUUCAGGUUUUCUAUACAACCCUCAGCAGAGGCAUUGUCAGCAUGUUCUUAGAUUUAACACCCUAUUUCUCAGACCUAGUUUACAACUUUAUAGAAACUGAUUGUUAACACUCUAAGAUGUGUUUCAAACAUCCUUCACAAGUUGAACUUCAGUGUGAAUAAUAGGGAAAAAUGUGGUGUGGGGAGUGGGAAUGAAAUGCUGGAGAGAAAAGAGUUCUUUAGCUCUAUGGUUCUAAAGGUUUCUCAGUUUGCUUACUCAUUAAUGUAGCAAGCACAUGCUUCUGAUUUUCUCCAUUCUGUUGCCAGUGUCUAUUUUUCUCUUUUUAUUUUAGCAAAUUCUAUAUUAGAAAACAUGCAUUAUCCAGAGAAGAAAGAGAAUUUGAAUAAAAACAUUUUGUGUUGGUUUUGCAACCCAGGUGUCAUUGAAUUAUGAAGUUCUGAGGAUGUUGCAGAAAAAACAAAAUGCAGCUGAACUGAGUUUUGGGGGAAAUGGAGGGAAAAGAUUAACAGCAGUAGGUGUAGUGAUGGAACUGGCAUUGUUAGUGAUGUUAACUCUGUCCAGUGGCUGAGUUUAUUCUAUCAAUAUUAUGGGGUUAAGAACGGGAAUGUUUAUUGCUACUCUAAAAUCUAUUUGUUUGCUCUGUAAUCCCCAGUGUGUAAAAUCUGGGUAUGAAAUGGAGAAAUUCAACCCCACAUUGUCCAGGUGACAUUGAGGGCACACCUUCCCGACGUGGAGAGGAUGAUUUCCUCUGGGCACUGUGAACACUCAUGUUUUCAUCUGCAGUUGUUUGGUGGUGGAGCUGCAAAAUUAAUUUUUCAGCUGUUUAUUGUGAGCAUAAUAUCUGUGUACAUGAGAGAAAAACACUUGCUUCUCCUGUAGUAGCAGGGUGCAUUUGGGCUGGAACUCACAAAAUGGUUUUCAGUGUGAGUAGCGUGUCCUUGAAGCUAUAUUUAGUAAAACUAAAAAAAUAGAGCACUGCUACAGCCCUGAAGUCUGUGGCUGCUUCUGCCAACCUCCUUCCCAUGCCUGCUGCUUUCGUGGGGUUUGCUAGAACACUAAAAAUCCAUUUUGAGGAAAUGAUUGGGCUGGCAUGAGGUUUGGAGAACCCGUAAUUAAUACUUCUACUCUCAUAUUAUUUCUAGGCCCUUAUGUGACUUUUAAAUAUAGAGAGAAACAGACUGUCAGUCCUGCUUUAUAAUUAAUUUUAAUUAGCUGUUUCUAUUCUGGGAGAUUCUGCAUAAAGCAGUGUCACCUAUCAUGGGGUUUUCUAAGGCUUUGCUUACCAGGCCCAGGUGAAAUGGUAGUACCUGUGCUUAGCAAUUCCCUUGGUUUACAGCAGGGUGUAUCCACAUGGCAGCAUCCCAAUCCUGUGCUGUGAAUUCUGUGGGUUCUGGGAAGCUCAGCCUUUGACUCGUGGUCGUGCCUGUGUUGGUGUGGAGGCUGCUGGAGUAACAGAAACCAGGGCUGUCAGUCACAGCAGCUUUGGGUUGUGGUGUUCCACUUAAUCUUUUAUGUAACCUGCAAGGGAUUACUGACUUCUCACUUCCCGUAAUACAAGAUUUUAAACUGCUUUUUCAAUCGAAAAACAAAUGGAAAAACAGUAAAAACAAAUCCUUGCUCUGCAUAUUUUUCUCUUGGCUUGAUUUGGCUGUUUUUGAAGCAAGCAAAUAUUCAGAGUUGUGGUCACUCUUUAUAAACACAGACUGGACAAAAACUGCCUCAAAUUCUCACAGCUGGAAACUGCUUUUCCAUCACUGUGGUCCAAGUAGCUCCAUUUCCCAAACACAAGGUCAUUCACCAGUGUGUUCUGAAGAAGCCUGUGUUUGACAGAACAUUUGGGAAAGCCCUCUUGCAGAUGAAAGGUAAUUUAGGACACUGACUUCUUAAACCUCCUACAUUUAUGAUUUCCGCAAUGGACAGAGAUUAUAAGGACCUGUACUUGCUCCAAUUCCAUUUCAUGUACACAUCUUUCAGUAGCACUAACAGCAAACUUUCUAUUUUGUUCAUAGUGGUGAAGAAGGCUCUUAUUUUCCUGUGAUGAACUGACAUGUGUAUGGAAAUGGCUCUCUCACCUAGAAUAGUUAGUUCUGAGCUGCAGACCUUCAAUACUGCUGCACCUUGCAGAGAUGUUCAGGACCUGACUAAUGGGGUUGCCAUGGCACAAGUGCUUCACCAGAUAGACGUUGCUUGGUUUGAUGCCUCUUGGCUAAAUCGCAUUAAAGAUGAUGUUGGUGACAACUGGAGAAUAAAGUCCAGUAAUCUGAAGAAGAUACUGCAAGGAAUUAUGGACUACUACCAUGAGUUCUUGGGUCAACAGAUUUCAGAAGAGCUUAUUCCAGAUUUAAACCAGAUAUCUGAGAACUCAGAUCCCACUGAACUGGGCAGGCUUCUGCAGCUUAUUUUAGGUUGUGCAGUCAACUGUGAGAGGAAACAAGAACACAUACAAAAUAUCAUGACCCUUGAAGAGUCUGUUCAGCAUGUUGUCAUGACAGCCAUUCAAGAGCUCAUGAGCAAGGAAGUAACGAGUCCUUCCACCUGUGAUGCAUCAAGUGAAAUGGAACAGCAGCUUAAAAGAGCCUUGGAGGAUCUUCAGGAAGCGUUAGCAGAAAAAGAAGAGUUGGCACAAAGAUGUCAAGAGCUUGAUUUGCAGGUAGCCGCCCUCCAGGAUGAAAAAAACAGCUUGAUGUCAGAAAAUGAGAUUAUGAAUGACAGACUAGAGCAAUUAGACGACUCUCUUGAUGAUCCAAAUACUGUGGUUGCAAAAAAGUAUUUCAAUGCACAGUUGCAGCUGGAGCAAUUGCAAGAAGAAAACUUCAGGCUUGAAGCUGCAAAAGAUGAUUAUCGUGUCCAUUGUGAAGAUCUAGAAAAACAACUGAUUGAACUGCAACAUAGAAACAAUGAACUGACCUCUCUGGCAGAAGAAUCUAGAGCCUUGAAAGAUGAAAAUGAUAUUCUUAGGGCUACUGCAGACAAGGCAAGUAAGCUGGAAUCAACUGUGGAAGUGUAUCGGAAGAAGCUGCAGGAUCUGAACGACUUCCGCAGACAGGUCAAGUCGCUGCAGGAGACCAACAUGAUGUACAUGCACAACACAGUCAGCCUGGAGGAUGAGCUGAAGAAAGCCAAUGCAGCACGAGCCCAGCUGGAGACCUACAAACGACAGGUCCAAGAGCUUCAUAACAAACUGUCUGAAGAAUCCAAAAGAGCUGAUAAGCUGGCAUUUGAAAUGAAGAGACUUGAAGAAAAACAUGAAGCUUUAAUCAAAGAAAAAGAGAGACUGAUAGUGCAGUGUGAUGCAUUAAAAGAAACAAAUGAAGAGCUCCGGUGUUCACAGAUGCAGCAGGAUCACCUGAGUCAAACAGGUGGCUCUCGUGUUAAAAGCCAUGAGAAUCUUGCUGCUGAAAUUCUGCCAGUGGAAUACAGAGAAAUGUUUAUUCGGCUGCAGCAUGAAAAUAAGAUGCUCCUGUUGAAACAGGAAGGGUCAGAAAAUGAGCGUAUUGCAGAGCUCCAGGAACAGCUGGAGCAGAAGCACCGGACAGUGAACGAACUGGAAACUGAGAAAAGGCUGAAUGAAGAGCGUAUUGGGGGAUUACAGCAGCAGAUUGAAGAUCUGCAAAAGACUUUGCAGGAGCAGGGAUCUAAGACUGAAGGAUCCAGCAACCUGAAGCAGAAGUUGGCAGCACACAUGGAAAAGCUGAACGAAGUUCAUGAUGAGUUACAGAAGAAAGAGGCUGAUCUUGCAGAGCUCCAGCCUGAUGACAGUCAGAACCCCCAGAAGAUUGGAGAGCUGGAAGCAGCUUUACGAAAAAAAGAUGAGGAUAUGAAAGCAAUGGAAGAAAGAUAUAAAAUGUACCUUGAGAAAGCAAGAAAUGUGAUAAAAACCUUAGACCCCAAGCUAAAUCCAGCAUCAGCAGAAAUUAUGUUGCUCAGAAAACAGAUACUGGAGAAAGACAAAAAAAUUGAAGCACUAGAGAAUGAAUACAAACUGGCUAAGCUACGUGAUUAUGAGGAAAAGCUAAUUGUAACUGCGUGGUAUAACAAGAGCCUGACUCUGCAGAAGCUGGGUAUGGAAGCAAGGCUGGUUGGCAGCAGUGGUGCCUGCAAAGAUGGGCCUGGACGCUCCUUCCUGGCUCAGCAACGUCACGUCACCACCAGCAGGAGGAAUCUCACUGUUAAAGUACCAGGGGCAACAUCUGAUUAAACCACAAGGACCAUGAGGAAAACUUACCUGCUAAAGUGUCCUUAAAUGUUUUAUAGCUUCCACUUUACUUGAGGAAAGAGGAGGUUAGAACUGGGCAGCUGCAAAUUCAACAUCAGAACUAUCAAGGAGUGAUUAAUUUCACCAGUGGUGUGUGUAGAAGGUAGCACGUAGUUUUCCAAGUAGAUUUGAUAACUGCAGUACCUAUUUACAAGCACAACGUAAAAGAUUUAUAUUUGCCUUCAGAUUAUAUUGUAAAUAUGAAAUUUGGCACUAUAUAUUUAAAACUUUAUUUAAUGGGUUUGGGCUAGAAAGUUGACUUUUAUAAUGGGAAGAUGUUAUGCAAAAAUUUACUUCAGGAAACUGGCAAUAUUGGGCAUUUUUGCUGGGCUCUUCUAAAAAUAGAUUUAAAAGAUUGGUACCAUGUUUUAAAAUAAUACAGGUUUUUUUAGAAAGAAAGUACAGUUUUAAAUGCAAGAAAAUACUUGCAUUUAUAGAAAAAGAAAAUAAAGGUAUAGUACCAGUACAGAAGACGGGAUUUGUUUCGUAAGAAGCAGAAUUACUCAGUUUAGUUAAAAAAAAAAGCUUAAGUUUGUGCAUAUACACACUAAAGAAAACAUGUCUUUAAGAUGCUGAAUUCACUUAAGCCAAAAAAGCUUGUCUUUUCCUGUGUAAGA